AUGACGCCGGAACAGCUGCAAAUCUUUUGGGACCACUUCCGGAUUAUUGGGCCAAACCCUAUCAAGUAUGACAAGCCGCCUACAGGCUGGAGACCUCCGGCUUUCCGGGACAUGACGGAAGUUGAGAAAGAAGCCUACUGGGCAGCGUUUCGCACCAUCAUGAACAUUGCUUGUGAAAAGCUUCCUGAUGACAGUCAUAAUGAGGCAGCUGGUGAACCACAUGAACAAGAGCGCCAAGUGCGGCGCCGCAUCAGGGAAAAGCAACCGGACUCCUCUUAUCCUUGUCCUGAGAUGUUGGCAGAUGAUGCCUUGAUUCCUGCUUCAGCCAUCUGCAAGCAGACUCCAGAUGCUGAGCUGUCUUCUUCCUUCCAAGCUUCCAGUGCACUUGUUUCUUUGAAGUCUGUGGAAGCAAGUCGGGCAAAGAAUGCCAAACUGACUGUGAAGAAACAGCGAAGUGAUGAAGUGCCAACCAAACGCAGGUAUGUACCCAAAGUGAAGGUGGACCGACCAGGAAAGCGUCAGUAUCAGGGCUGUUUCAGUGCCAGCCACUGGGGCAGGAAGAGAAAGAUGGAUCGAUGGGAUUUGUUCGUUGAGAUUGCUCCGAAACAGGCGAAGGUGAUGUCGGAGAUACCAAACCGCCUUCGCAACCUUCUUGGAGUACCACUCAAACACCACAACGGGAAGUUCAAAGUUUCAGAGGGGACUCACACAAUCCCACAGCCUCUAGCUUUGGCAAUUGAAGAGCUUCUUUUGGAACGGAUCCAACUUGGCGAGGAGGUGUCCUUCGACUAUGCAUGGGAGGUUGUACAACAAGCAGUGACUGAGUGGAAUUCUCAACUUGAAGCACUUACAAAUGCAGUUCGCGAAUCGCUGGGACCACAAUUCCUACGACAUCACGAUCAGGACCUACCAGAGGACCCAUCAGAGGAAGCUUUGCUGGCCGUGGAAGAUGCAGCAAAUCAAGACUUGAAUGAUAUUCUAUCAAUGUUGACACCUGUUUGGACAACGCAUUGGGAGCCGCCAAAGACCGUGUUGUUCAAGGACAGUUCUGAGAAAGGAAAGAUGCGCCCAGACAACUCCAAGCCUUCCCAGGUGCAGAUGCUUGAUAAGAUCAGGUCCGCUCUCAACCUCACUGGGACUGGCAAUUCUGGUGAUUCUGAUGCUAUUGUUGAGAAGAAGGGUGGGAUCAAACCGGCAGCUUUGGGACCUGCCAGCACUUUGGUGCCGGUGGAGUACGCACGUGUGGCACGCACAACCACGACGUUGACCUGGGCCGAUGGGUCCAUGGGCCAAGCCGACGUCACUGCAUCUCCAGAUGUUGUGUCCAUGCCUUAG